AACCACAUCGGCGUCACGUUUUCAAGAUGGCUGCGCGCAUAUGUAAACAUGCGACCUGAUCUGCCAGCUCACGAUCCUCUAGUUUAACAGUCCCCGUGCGGUGUCUUCAUCCGGCCAGUUUGUUUGAUAUCCAGUUUUAAGGUAUUAACGACGCAUACGGGGUCGUUAACUGGUCGGUUUCGUGAGUUAACUACAGCCGAGGCGGACAGGCUGCUAGCAGCGAGCUAACAGCUAACGUUAGCCAUGGAGCGGGGCGCCAUGCACCAGCGGACCCUGUUCGUCAGCCCCCUGCCAGCCGAGGCCACGAAUCAACGGCUGGAGGAAAUAUUCUCCGAAAUUGGUCCGGUGAAGCAAUGCUUCGUGGUCAAAGAGAAAGACACGGAGACAUGCCGUGGGUUUGGCUACGUCAUAUAUUCCAUGGUGGAAGACGCACGGCGAGCUUUGAAGGAAGUGAAGGAAUACGACGGACGAAGGAUCAUUGUAGCUGUGGCCAAGAGGAAAAAAGACAAAGGGAAAAAAGCACCCAAAGAGCCUCCUGCUGCUGCAGCACCGACAGAACAUGAGCAGAAACCCAAAGGCGUCCGGAAGACGCAGCUGAAAUCCAGGCUCAUCAUCAGGAACCUGAGUUUUAAGUGCUCCGAGGAUGACCUGAAGCAAAUUUUAUCCCAGUUUGGAACCGUUCUGGAGGCCAAAAUUCCCCUCAAACCAGAUGGAAAGAUGCGUGGAUUUGCGUUUGUCCUUUUCAAAAAUGUGUGUGAGGCAGGGAACGCGCUGAACGCCAUGAACAUGAAGGAGAUAAAAGGUCGGCAGGUAGCAAUUGACUGGGCUGUGCCUAAGGACAAGUACAUCGCUACACAGCAGUCCACUGCAGAAACAAAGAUCACACCAGCAACUACACCCAUUUUAGACACGAAAAGUGACACGAAAAACGAGGAUGAAGAAAAGCCACAAGCUGCACCUGAAAAGAAAAGAGUCCCUUCCAAACAAUCUGUGAAGCAGUUGGAAGAAUCCCAAUCGGAGGAGGAGGAGGAGGAGGAUGAUGAUGAUGAUGAUGAAGAUGAAGAUGCAAGUGAGGAAGAAGACAGUGAGCAGGAGGAGGAUGACGAUGACGACAAGAAAGAGGAUGAUGAGGACGUGUCUCAGGAAGAAGAUGACGGCAGUGACGACGAUGAUGAGAGUAGCCUAGAUUCAGAUGAUGAUGAUGAUGAUGAAGAAGAGGAAGAUAAAUCAGCUAAAAAGAAAAUCUCAAAGAAACUUCUCCCUUCAGAUGUGAAAGAGGGCAGAACCAUUUUCAUCAGGAACCUUUCCUUCGAUACAGAGGAAGAGGGCCUUGAGGAAGUUCUGCUCAAGUAUGGCGAGCUGAACUACAUUAAGAUCGUCAUCCACGCAGCAACAGGACACUCCAAAGGUUGUGCAUUUGUUCAGUUCAAGACUAAAGAGGCUGCAGACAAGUGCAUAGCGGAAGCUGCGGAUGAAGCAGAGAACGGUGGCGUCCGUGUAGAUGGCAGAAAGCUGUUGGUUGUGGCAGCAGUGACCAGAGAGGAUGCUUCCAAGCUGAAGGUGGAUAAAGUGAAAGUGGAAUCGGGCACCAGAAACUUGUAUCUGGCCAGAGAGGGACUGAUCCGUCCUGGAACCAAAGCAGCGGAGGGUGUUCCUGAAGCAGACAUGGUCAAAAGAACCAGGUUUGAAGAAAUAAAGAGGACCAAGCUUCGGGCCAUCAACGUGUUUGUGUCAAAGAAUCGUCUAUGUGUCCAUAACUUGCCCAAGUCAGUGGACGAUAAAAAACUCAAAGCACUCUGCCUCCAAGCAGUGAAAGGAAACAAGGGAGUCCGCUUGACGGAGUGCCGGGUGAUGUAUGACAAGAGGCCCGUGAAGGGUCAGGCGAUGGGAAAAUCGCUGGGUUACGGGUUUGUCCAGUUCCAGGACCAUGAACAUGCUCUCUCCACACUUCGUUACCUUAACAACAACCCCGACAUCUUUGGCGCACACAAGAGACCUAUUGUUGAGUUCUCUCUGGAAGAUUCUAAGAAACUCAAAAUGAAAGACAUGCGUCAACAAAGAAAUAAGGAACACAAUCUGGCUCUUAAAAGGGGACAAAAACCGCCACCGCAGACAGUCAAAGAGGAUAAAGGACCCAGGAAAGGUCAAAAUGAAGCACAAUCCCCAUCUAACCCGACACAAAACGAGCAAGCUCCUGUUGAAACCCAGAAGCAAGGCACCCGCUUUUUAGGCUUCCAGACCAAACCUGAGGUGGAGCACGUUAGUUUGGAGAAUGGAAAGAAGCGGAAGAAGAUUCUAAACUUUCCUUCCCAUCGGGGGCCUAAGAUCAGAUUGCGUGACAGGGGAAAGCAACAGGCUCCGCCACCCAAGAAAGGCCGGCCGGGAUCCACCAGGAAGGACCGGCAGAGACAGCAGAUGGAAAAGCCCACACAGCGCAGCAACCAGGUUAAAACCCAAAAGAAGAAUUUCAAGAGAAAUGGUGGGGACCGCUUUGACAGCCUGGUGGAGCAGUACAAGAAGAAACUGAUGGGUAACAGCGACAACGUCACCAAUCUCAAGAGAAGCAAGUGGUUUGAUAGUUAACGCAGUGUUUGUGUGUGAGUGUUUGUUUGUUUGAGAGAGCGAGAGAGACACGCAAUGUGUUUGACUACCACAACAGAGGUCAUCCACAAUUGCGUCCCGAGGUCUUUAAACAAGUGCAGUUGUUCUCAUGAAACUGCGCCGUGCUCUAACAUUCUUCAUCCUUAUUUUGCAUUUCUGUAAUCCAUGUUUGUACCUCUCAAACAAACCAUGUCAUUCUUGUACUUUUUAUGGAAAAAUAAAUGUGGGUUUUAUUGUCUGGAUUUUAAAA